AUGAACGAGAAAAAGCUAACGCUGAUGACGGAACUGCAUAAACCUGCACGCCGGAAUUACCCGCGUCGCCGUGUAGACGUGCGCGGCAUCAACGAGACCUGGCAGGCGGAUCUUGUUAAUAUGAUGUCAUACGCAGGACAAAACAAAGGCUAUGGGUACAUGCUCACAGUCAUUGAUAUUUUUUCAAAGUAUGCGUGGGCAGUGCCGAUUAAGAGCAAGUCCGGGGAUGAUGUUACAAAGGCCAUGGAAUCUGUGCUAACUCAAGGACCUGCUGCGAUCUUAUCGGCUUACAACAACACGAAACACCGAACCAUAAGAAUGAAACCAUCGGAUGUCACCGUUGCGAACGAAAGGCUGGUAUUACGUCAGUCGUACGAAGAGAUCAGAGCGAAACCUUCCAAACCGGUAAAGUUCAAAACCGGUGACAAUGUUCGAAUCAACAAGUUAAAAAACGUCUUUGAGAAAGGUUAUACUCCCAAUUGGACGACUAAAAUAUUUACAAUAAGCCAAGUAGAAAAUACCAAUCCUGUGACGUACAAGCUCAAAGACUACCAAGGUCGAGCCAUCGCUGGUGGUUUCUACGAACAGGAGCUCCUCAAGGUUGAACAUUCGGACAUCUAUCUCGUGGAAAAGGUGCCCCAGAAGCGGGGAAAAAAAUUAUACGUCAAGUGGCUAGGUUUUGACAAUACACACAACAGUUGGACAAAUGAAUCUGAUAUGUAA